CGAUGCGCAAAAACUGCAGACCGUGCAACAAGCCAGUCAAAAGGACAUUCUUUACACCAACACGUUAAAAGUCUCGAGCUCAUCAACCGAGAAACAAGGAAACAUCUGUGUCGACGUAACCUAGAUCCGAAAUGCCAGGGUCCACUUUACAGAAAUCUGCACCCCCACCCUGCGACUAGCGGCCCGCGCGAGCUUUGUCGUAGUGCAGACGAUCAAAUGCAGGCCGCACAUACAACCCGCAUGUCUAACACUGUGAAAUAUUUAAACAUGGAUUCUCUUCUCCAGAUGUGUGUGUGUAUUCUGUUGUCUGGGACCCUUUCGUGUAGGGCCUCAAGCAUACCAAGUUAUGAAGUGAUAAAGAAUACCCCUAAAGUUGUUGAAGUCCUUCAGAAUUCUCCUCUGUUACUGAACUGCACAGAUUCUAUGACUUGGUGGACUGAAUCAGGGGUUAAGUACUCAUGGUUCAAGGAUGGUAAGAUUGUGACAUCAGACCAAAGAGUGACAGUGAGCCAGAAUGGGUCUUUAUACAUCCCAAGUACUAAAAAGAAGAAAAGACGGGGCUGGGAUGAUGAAGGACUCUAUGAGUGUCACAUGACCGUUCCCAUGGGAACAGUGAUUGGAAGGAGCGUAAAGAUAAAGAUAAUACGAAUUUCAAAGUCAUUUAUCAAAGUUCCCAAGAACCAGGUGGUAGAUCCAGGGGGUGUGGCUAGAUUUGAGUGUCAACUGAAAGCCAAACUGCCCAUCCAGGUCAGGAAAUAUAUAUGGAAUAAGAAUAGAAGACAACUUCCCGCAAACAACAGGUACACAGAGCUGCCUACUGGAGUCCUACAGAUACACGGUGUACAGGUAUCUGAUGAGGGGCCUUAUUCCUGCUCAGUGUUAAUCACACUGGGUGAAAAAGUGGAAGACCUACAUCUAGCAGUGUUUAGACACAGCAGAGAGGCAGAACUCACUGUCCGCAAUGAAACAUUACUCGAAGCAAAAAAAUCUAGAGCUCCAAAGAUAGUGUAUGUAAAUGAAAAAGUAAAUUCAACAGUGGGAAGCUCAGCCAUAUUGGAGUGCCAAGCAGAUGGCAAUCCGACGCCUACUAUAUCAUGGCAGAAAGUCAAUAUGGAUGACCAGUCAAAAGGGGAAUCAGUUGAGGAUGGGCAUAGAGUGAGGCAAGUAGGGAUGGGUAAUCUCAAGUUUACAAAGGUCAUUGAGACAGACAGUGGAUUAUACAGGUGUGUGGCAGCAGCUCCAGGAUUCAACAACAGCUCAGCUCUAGUUACACUCCGUGUCAGCUAUCCUCCCACCCUGCUGAAGACACCCAGCAGUGGCAACUUUCUAGUGGCCAACAGAAUCAGGUUAUACUGUAGUGCCCAGGGCAGACCCACCCCCUCCAUCACAUGGUAUCACAAUGGACAGAGACUACAGGAGGAUGCUGGACACGUUGUGUUUAAAGACAACAAUGGUCAGUUAGUGAUAGAGAGCCGAGUGUCGGAUUCUGGAUUUUACCAGUGUAUUGCUGAAAAUCCAUAUGGAUCUGAAACAUCCACAGCCAGGAUCCAGGUCACCCUAGGCAAGAAUGCUCCCUCUCCCCCGAGGCUUGUAGAGGCGAGGCCAGUAUCAGAGUCCCAGAUUCUCCUGUCCUGGGAACCCUCUGUCUGCUGUGAUGUGUUUGUGUACACAGUCCAUUAUAAAUGGAUUGUCCCAGACACAAAUGAGGAGAGAUCAGAACAAAUGGUAGAACAGAGUAACCAGUAUCUCGUACAGCAGCUGUUACCAUACACCACAUACCACUUCUAUAUACGGGCCUACAACAGCGACUUCUCCAGCGAGAAUUCCGCAGUGGUGUCUGCCACCACAUUACAGUCAGUUCCUAGUGCUGCCCCCAAAAUCCAGACUUCAAGUCUUAGUGUGGGAACCAUCACAAUUGACUGGUCCCCACUGUUAAAGUCAGAAAGAAGAGGGGUGAUCUCAAGAUACAAAAUCUAUAGUCGGUUACACGGAGAAAACCUACAAAAGGUGGAAGAGAUUCACAACGACACACUCACUUACACCAUAAAAGGUCUUCUGCCAGACAGAGUUUACAGUGUACGGGUGUUAGCGGGGACAGAAGUAGGGUACCCUGUACUGACGGAGGACAAAUGGCCCUGGGUGUCACAGAAAACCUUAUCUAAAGACAACUCCAGCCCAGUAAUACCAGCUCCAGAUUUAGAAGUGGUGCCCCUCAAUAACUCAGCAGUUCAGAUCUCCUGGGAAGUCAGUAAUUCCUCAAUGGAGGCCCGUGGGUACCAGCUUUACAUUAAAAGGAAAAUAGGCCCUCCAAUGACAAGAAGUAUACAGCUCCCCAUAGAAUCCAACUUCACAGUCAUCAGCCAUCUCCAAAACAGGAUUUACUAUGAGGCGGUGCUGGAGGUGCUGGGAGAGAAUGAAACUCUGGGUAAGGCCAACUGUUUAUUCCAGGUCCUCAGUCCGCUGAGGUCACCAGAACCUCCCCCUCCAAUGGACGUCAGGGUAUUCGCCAAGUCGCCUCAAUCAGUGUCCCUCAACUGGACUCAGCCCCACUGGGAGCAAGGGAUCAGCUAUUACACUGUCCGCUAUCACAUCAGUAAUGACGACCGCAAAAUCAUGUAUGAGAGGAGUGAUUCCCAGAACUACACACUCCAGGACCUUACCCCGUACACCACAUACACCAUCUCAGUCAGAUCCCACUCCCCACAGACCACGGGACCAUUCAGUACCCCCCAGGACAUCACCACGCUAGAAGAUGUCCCCAGCCCCCCAGAGGAUGUGACACUGUACCCUCUCAGUGAGGAUGAGGUCCAGCUGAUGUGGAAUCCUCCCAUUAAGAAAAAUGGGGUCAUUGUGUUCUACAUCAUACAGUACCAUCAACACCAGAACGAUCCUGACUUCCUGUGGAGCUCCAUACACAGUAACGGUACGAUGACCCAGGCGGUAGUGAAAGACCUGACCAGCACAGUUUACUUCUUCAAGUUGAGGGCGUGCACAACUGCAGGUCAGGGGCCACCCUCCAGUGUGGUGAAGGUGGUGCUCAGUCCAUGUAGCAUGCCAUGUGACGGCCGCAACUCCUCCCCUCCAGUCUCCCCCCGGUCCAAUAUGUCUGACAGUUUUCUGAGGGACCAGAGACUAGGGAUAGUGGUCGGUUGUGCUAUUGGACUGACCAGCAUCAUUGUGUGUAUCCUGGUGAUUGUUCUCAGACAAAGGCAUUACGCAAACCUGUACCGACAUUCCACCAGGACCGUCACUAACCCAGAAAUCAGGUCGCGCUAUCAACAACAGAGUUACCAGCUCCCCGAGGCCCACAGACUUAUUCUGAUGGAGGGACAAAACAAAGAUGGUGGGAGUGGAGGAGCUUUUUUGUCCAGCACUGGGAAACUCCUAGCUUUGACUUCCACUACCAGACAUACAGACAAACUCAACACAGACACAGAACAGGAGCCUGGGGAGCAUGCCUGUCUUCUAUGGCACCAUCAGGGACUGCAUCAUGUCCACAGUGAUGGAAACCAGUCUCUAUCCAAUGAUAGUGGAGCUAGCCUGUCAUGUGACAUAAGGGGUGUGUCUCCUGAAUCCUCUAGUGAAAGACAUGCUGACAGCACAUGGGGCUCAUCAAGGGGAAACAGUUGUUUGGUGGAGGCCUCGGGUGGGGCAUCUAACAGGUCAAAUGGUCAUGAGAACAGUCCUGAUACAGACAGGGGAGAUAACCUUUACAGUGACACCAUGAUCAGUCAAAGUGAUGAAUUGCUGAAGAAAAUGAUGCAAGCUACUUCAGCAGACCCACUAUCAUUGAACACAGACAGAUUGGUACAGGCUACAUCAGUCGACCGGCUCUCACUCAACACAGACACAUCCUGCAAGGUAAAUCCUACUUCAAAUCGGGACACCCCAGAGAGGCCACAUUCACCAAUAGAAGGAGGUGCUAGUGUGUGUACAUCAAACCAAGCUGAAUCAACAGAGUAUUACACAAACUCUAGAAAUCAAGAAACUGUCGAAGAGGACGACCUGACACAGUCCUUCAAAUGUGGGUCAAAGUCUACUGACCACAUGUCACAGUCCACUGAACAUGUGUAA